AUGUUUUCGACGCUUCUUGAAACAAAGAAGAGUCGUUGUGGGGAGUGGGCCAAUUGCUUCUCCCUCUAUUGCAGAUCCUUUGGCUAUGAAACUCGUCUGAUAUUGGAUUUCACAAGUCACAUGUGGACAGAAUGUUAUUCGAUGGUUUUGGUGUGCAAGUUUUUGAUGGUUUUGGAGUAUAAGGAGUUUUUGGAGGUUGCUUCAACUGUUGCAAAAGAUAAGGAACCUUUCAUAGAGGAAUACAAUGCUCAUAAUGACGACACAACAAUUAAUUUUCAAAUAAUAAUGAAUGCUGAUAAAAUGAGCAAAGCAAGACAAGAAAGGCUGCUGAAGAAAUUUAAACUUACUAGUACUUUAAGCACAAGUAACAUGCACUUGCUUGAUGCAAAUGGGGUGAUAAAUAAGUAUGACACCCUGAACAAAGAGUACAAUAUCUGCUUUAAAACAGUAGAGAGAUCUAAAGAUGGUUUAGUUCCUCGAUUACCAUCUUCAAAUACAACUGGAGUUCUACCCGAGUUACUGAAAAAUCCGGUUGAAAGAAGGAAACAUGUAAAAAGAUUAUUAAAGACAGCAUCAGGCCUCAAGUAUCAACAAUUUGAUAUACAACAACAAGCAUUGAAACUAACUGCCAACAAUAUGUAUAGAUGCCUUGGUUUUUCCAGUUCAAGAUUCUAUGCAAAGCCACUUGCAUAAUAUAGAGGAUAAUGUCAGAUAUAUCAAGGAAUUCCUAUGAGAUAACACUCGCUGAGGUUCUGAAGUACCUUGGUAGAACUUCGUACUUACCUUCGCCAUCUAAUAAGAAUCUCCAGGGUCAUAUGUCACUUAUGGGUUGCUAUGGGAGGAGUCAUAUUGAUGUUCUUGCUGGUCCUAGAACUUCCUCUGAAUAGACUCAGACUCAGACUCGGAAUGUUAAAGAAAAGAAUCAAUUAUAUAAACACAAAAUUUCUUCCAACAAGAGAACAUGGGUUCAGAAAUGGUGUGGAUCCGUCCCCACUGGUGUUUAGAAGGUAAGUAGAGCUCUAUGUCCAAUUUCGAACUCGUUCUGGUAGACAUAUGCCUGUUAAGUGGUCAAUUACUUCUAAAGUCUGUUUUGUUGUCAUCUUUCAUCUUCACUCGAUUAAUUUUCAUAUUUUCUUCAGACUUGGCCUGAUUUAUCUCUUAUUAAGCCCUCAUUUGAGUUUUCGAAGAAUAGACAGCAACACAACUCAAACAUAGAAGUUGUUUCGGAUGUUCUUGAAGAAAGUUACAAUUUAU